AUGCCUUCGUUGGAUUGGAUUAAAAUUUUUGUGUUCGCGAAAAAAUACAAAGCUAUCAAACAGGACGAGAUUCGCAACAUGAACACUGCUCAUAUUGAGGAGAAACAUGUACACUCGAAUACGGAACAAUUGAAUGCGGCCAUGAAAGUCGGCCUUAAAGCUUUGGGUGCCCGCCGCUGA